AUGCUCGACGCCCGCUCACCCUAUCGUUUUCAUUUCGCCCAGAACGCCUCCCUUGUCGCCCUUUCACUCCUGCUCCUCCCGUUCUCUACACUCCUCCUCUUCGCCAGUGUUGUCGCUCGACCUUUCCUUAGCAACGAAGAUGCUGCAAGGAAGCGCAUCCGGCGCAGCGCCAGUGGCGGGAACUCCAGUUUCCGCCCUAAGACAAUCAUCGUCACAGGCGUUGGCAUGACAAAGGGCUUGUUCCUAGCAAGAGCUUUCUACAAAGCGGGCCACAAUGUCAUCGGCGCGGACUUCGAGCCCAACGGGAUACCAGUUUGUGGGAGGUUCAGUAAGGCGGUACGGACGUUCUACAGCUUGCCUAAACCAAAUGAGAAAUCCGGGGCGGCGUACUACAUUGAUGCUCUGCUACACAUUGUGAGGAAGGAGAAGGUGGACCUCUGGGUCAGCUGUUCAGGUGUUGCAUCCGCGGUAGAAGAUGGGCAGGCGAAAGAGGUGCUGGAGAGGAGGAGUGACGUGCGGUGCAUACAGUUCGACGUCUUGACCACGCAGAUGCUCCAUGAGAAAGAUACCUUCAUCGCCCAAACCCAGCGGAUUGGCCUCCCUACCCCAGAGACGCACAACGUGACCAGCAGAGCCGCGGUGCAUAGAGUGCUACAUGAGAGCCCGAAGACGAAGAAGCAAUAUAUCAUGAAAAGCGUGGGCAUGGAUGAUGCAUCGAGGGGCGAUAUGACGGUGCUGCCGAAGAGGACCGUCAGUGAGACAUACAACCACGUCUCAGCGAUACCCAUAUCUGGGAAGAAGCCGUGGGUGCUACAACAGUUUAUCAAGGGGAGAGAAUACUGCACCCAUGCUCUGAUUGUCAAUAACGAGGUCAAAGCUUUCGUCGCCUGCCCUUCCUCGGAGCUUCUCAUGCACUACGAAGCAUUGCCUUCCGACUCGGCACUCAGUUGUGCCAUGCUACGCUUUACAGAGGAGUUUGUGCAGAGAAGCGGAAGCAACAUGACAGGGCAUCUAUCUUUCGACGUCCUAGUCGAGGAGGUGGUGUCAGAGAAGGGCGCGCAGUUGGCGCUCUUGCCCAUCGAAUGCAACCCGCGAGCUCACACCGCCGUGGUCCUUUUCCAGGGUCAAGAGAAGGCCAUGUCGGAGGCGUAUCUCACCGCUUUGACGCCACAAAUCAACGGCACGAGCGAGCGGCCACUCACGAAUGGCUCCCCUGACGCACAGCCCGAUACCUACGCACCCGUCACGCCAACGAAAAUCCGGCCAAACAUCAACGGCUACACCCGCUCACGACCCGAGUCCUCCGCACCCGUCACGCCCGCCAACCCGGCGCGUUACUACUGGCUCGGCCACGAUCUCGUCACCCUCCUUCUCCUACCCCUCCUCUCCCUCCUCUCCGGCCACAUCACCAUAUCUGCCUAUCUGCACGGCUGCAGGACGUUUCUGGAGCAUGUGCUGCUGUGGAGAGACGGCACGUUUGAGCUCUGGGAUCCCCUGCCGGCGUGGUGGCUGUAUCAUGGUUACUGGCCCGGGCAGUUCUUGGCGGCGCUGGUGGAGCGGAGGAAGUGGAGUCGGGUUAAUGUGUCUACUUGUAAGAUUUUUGGGUGUUGA